CAUCUUUUAUCAAUUGUUGAGAGAGUGUGUGUUUGCUUCGCACGAGGAGGUAGAGAGAUAGAUCGGAGGGAAAGUUUGAAACCUCAAUCCGGGUUGGGAGAUAAAGAGAGUUAGAGAGAUCGGUUGUUCUAGAAGCCUAAAUCGAGUGCGGCGUGAAACGGAGGUAUCAAGCGUAUUGAUCCAAGAUUUUCGGAAGAAGAUUUGGGUCGUUCCGGUAGCAAAAAGAAGGGGAGGGAUCGAGGAUUCUGGUCGACUUCCGGAGGAAGCUUUGGGGAGUGGGAGCGUUUCUCAGUUCGUGUAUAGGUGAGGAAAUCCAAAUUCAAAGCACAGCCUGGAUUCCAAACAAACGAAAGCAUCAGUUAAGAAUAUUGGUCCAACUUCUAAGGAAGUUCAUAAUAAAAUAUACUGAUACAAAGCUCCUACAACUGGUGGAUUAUAAAAAUCUGCCCAACUCCUUGCUGUUUUACUGUUUAUGUGAGAGAACUUCACUUAAGAAUACUGGUCUGGUUUCUGAGCUCUCGAUUACCGCCUUUUGCCUACUUGGUUCCAGGAUCAGUGACACUUGAAAGAAGUUAGAGAGAAGUUCGUUAUAUUCGAUUUUUGGUAAUUGGAACAAUUAGUUGAUAUAUGUAAGAUUGCAAAAUCCUAAAAACAUAAGGGAAAUGAUCUCCUUGGAUGGAUUUUCAAGCAUUCAAAUCUUUCAAAGGAGCAAAUCAAAUCCUUGACUGGAUAUUGAGCAAAGCGCGGACACAUUUUCUAGUAAAUCCUAUAAAUCAAACGUCGCCGUCUUCCACCUCUCCAGUCCAAGUAGGAUUAACUGGUAAUUACAGAGACCCCACACUCUGUGCUUCAAUGGCUGCCGCAGUGAUAUCUCAGGCCUCUCUGAAACAACCAAAGCUGCUCCCUUUCUCACCCAAAACCCCGCAAAACCCUCGCCCCACUUUAAUCUAUGUGCCCUCUUUCACUAACUCAAAACUGAAAUCUGGUCUCAAAUUGGGAAAUGGGUUCGCUGCAAAAGCUUCAAUGGUUGUCAAUGAGACCAAUUCGAAGUCUUCAGUUUCUGAAAAGAGGGCCAACAGCCCCAUCAUUGUAAUUGACAAUUAUGAUAGCUUCACCUACAAUCUCUGCCAGUAUAUGGGAGAGCUCGGAUGUCACUUUGAAGUUUAUCGCAAUGAUGAAUUAACGGUGGAUGAACUAAAAAGGAAAAAUCCCAGAGGAGUCUUGAUCUCCCCAGGGCCAGGGGCACCCCAAGAUUCUGGAAUAUCAUUGCAAACUGUGUUGGAGUUAGGACCCAUUGUCCCCUUAUUUGGUGUGUGUAUGGGUCUGCAGUGCAUUGGGGAGGCUUUUGGAGGGAAUGUUGUUCGUUCUCCUUAUGGUGUCGUGCAUGGGAAGAGCUCUCCCGUAUAUUAUAAUGAGAAGGAGGAAGACAGCUUGUUUGCUGGACUAUCAAACCCUUUCACUGCUGGCAGAUAUCACAGUCUUGUAAUUGAAAAGGACAGUUUUCCUAGUGAAGAACUUGAGAUUACAGCAUGGACCGAGGAUGGACUGAUAAUGGCUGCUCGUCACAAGAAAUAUAGGUAUCUUCAGGGUGUCCAGUUCCAUCCUGAAAGUAUCAUCACUUCCGAAGGCAGGACAAUCGUUCGCAACUUUGUAAAACUGAUCGAGAAAAGUGAGUCGGAAUCUGAGAAUUAGUUAGAGGUUUGGUUUGUCUACACAGUGUAAUGUAUCGGAUCAAUAUAUAUUUAUGGGCCUUUAAGUCAGCUCGCUAGUGAGUCAGAAGCUGAUCAUGUUUCUCGUCGACUCUUUCAAUGUACUUCAUCACAUGUAGACAUGUAGUAUUUCAACUCUAUUAUAGUAUUAUCAAUCCUUCCAUAACUUCCUGAAGAUAA